ACACUUCGACGCGUGUUAUUUAACGGCAAGACAGCUGUAGAAUUUCAUAAAAUUCUUUUAAAAUAAACAAUGUUAAUUCUACGCGGGAUGAUGCCAAGGGGCAAACAGAUUGCCGGUGUUCUUGGUAACAUGUCCCGCCAGCUACCGAUUCCCCUGUCACAAAACUGCAGAUCCAUCGCCGGCUCGAGUUGGACGAAAACGGUGCCGCUGCAAAAACAACAUCAACAAUCACAGCAACUGCAAAGCAGGUGGCUUUCGACGAAGUCGACAAAAACUGAUUCCGAGGAGGAGGCAUUGCAGCGCAUCUACUAUGGAACGCUGGCCCCUCGCAUGAAGAUGGUCAAGUUCUUCUCCCUGAGCACCAGUUUGGCAGGCAUUGCGGCUCAGCCGAUACUCCUCGAACAGGGCAUGAAAAUAGGAGGCACUGGAAUGGCCGUGUUCCUCUGUUCCGUGGGUGGAUUCUUCACUUUUGUGACCCCACUGUUGCUGCACUUCAUCACCAAGAAAUAUGUGACGGAGUUGCACUACAAUCCACAGACGGAGGAAUACACGGCCACAACGAUCUCUCUGCUUCUGCAAAAGAUCAAGACCAAGUUCCGGCCCAGCGAUGUCACUGUUCCCGAAGUUCCCGGCAUGUUUACCUCGUUGGUAGGCAAGCGUCCUCUGUUCAUAGAUCCAGCGUUGUUUGACGAUCCCGAGCACUAUGUGCGGAUCAUGGGCUACGACAAGCCGAUUGACUUCAAACUGGACCUUACUCCGGAAGCCGACAAGACCUCAAAGAGCAAAGAGAAGCAAUAAACCUUAUCGUUGGUUAACAUUA